AUGGGCUUUGAUAAAAGAUUUCCAAGAUGGGUCACAGCAAUCUUAGCUAUAGCUCAAGUUGUUCUAACUGCAGCUAUAAUUGGUCUAGAAUUUGGUUCUAUUUAUUAUGAUGUCGCACAUGGUACCAUUUGGGCUGGCUUUUGGGCUAGUCUUGUCUUUAUUAAAACAUUUUUGAUGAUGUUCUGUAUUACUUGCUGUUGUCGAGGUCGAUGUUGUGCUACUUAUAUUGUAAUACUCAAUAUAUUCAGCGGAGCAUUGGCUUGUGUAAUCAUUUACUUUGAUGCAUACUUUGUAGAUAAUCUUUGCAAAUGCUAUUUAGGUGAUAAUUUAUGUUGCAGUCUACAUGGUAUGAGUAGUUUCAAUUCAAAUUAUGGUAACAUUGUGAAAGAUUGCAUACCGGUUUCUGUAAAUGGAGUGCAAACUGUAGUUGAUUCGUGUUAUCGUUUUCCUCCAACGAACAAAUUGGUUUUUCUAAAAGCACAACUAGGUUGUGCCAUUGGCAUGCUAGCUGUCUGUGGCCUAUAUGUUGUUCUCUAUUUAUUUGCCUGUUUUGGUAUUUGUUUUGGUCAUGAUUAA